AUGGGCAACCAAAACUCCACAGAGGGCGGCCUGAAGCCGACCAGGUCGGGUGGCUCGGGGGUCUCCGACCGGGGGUCGGAUGGCCUCCAGUCGUACCCGUCCUUCAGCAGGUCCGACACCAAGGACUCGAGCCGGUCCUUCAAAUCCCUUCGAUCCAAGAUCCCGGGCGGUGGGAAGACGGACAGCCCGCGAAACUCGCAAUUGAUGUCUAAUGGGGACGAGAAGUCCGAGAUCGCAUCGGUGAAAUCAGGGAGAAGCGGCAGGUCCCGGACAAACAACCUCGACACAUCACCUACGUCACCCUCCUCCAUUGACACCUCGGGCAUUCUAUCGCCCAUCGACGACACUCAGCCCCCGCCCUCGCCAAUACAGUCGGCCUCUAUGAAAGCUGGCAGGCAUGACGUGAGCGCAGCGCAGGCAUCUGGAGAGGUGGAUCACGUCUCUGACCAACCACCGUCUGGCGGCGGCGAUCCCGAUAUGCAAUCGCAGCAGCCCGGACAGUCGAUCCUGGUUCGACGAGAUGCCCCGAUGAACCCUGUCGCCAAGACGUCGACCGGGAACUCCGGGGAGAACGGUUCCGGAGUUGCGAUGGGCGAUAUCAAAGACAUCGACCUGGACGAUUUCAUCAAGCGCUUGUUGGACGCCGGGUAUGCGGGCAAGGUGACCAAGAGUGUCUGCCUCAAGAACGCCGAGAUCAUGGCCAUCUGCCACCGCGCUCGCGAGUGCUUCCUCUCCCAGCCCGCUCUGCUCGAGCUCGACGCCCCAGUCAAGAUUGUGGGCGACGUGCACGGACAGUAUACCGAUCUCAUCCGUAUGUUUGAGAUGUGCGGCUUCCCGCCCAGCGCCAACUUCCUAUUCCUAGGCGACUACGUCGACCGUGGCAAGCAGUCCCUGGAGACUAUCCUGCUGCUCAUGUGCUACAAGCUCAAGUUCCCCGAGAACUUCUUCCUCUUGCGUGGCAACCACGAAUGUGCCAACGUGACCAGGGUGUAUGGGUUCUACGACGAGUGCAAGCGGAGGUGCAACGUUAAGAUCUGGAAGACAUUCAUCGACACCUUCAACUGCCUCCCCGUAGCCUCUAUCGUGGCUGGGAAGAUCUUCUGCGUCCACGGCGGUCUCUCCCCCGCCCUGGACCACAUGGACGAUAUUCGCAACAUUGCUCGACCGACCGACGUGCCCGACUACGGUUUGCUCAAUGACCUGCUUUGGUCCGACCCGGCAGACAUGGAGCAGGACUGGGACUCGAACGAAAGAGGCGUGAGCUACUGCUUCGGCAAAAAGGUCAUCACUGAUUUCCUGGCCAAGCACGACUUUGAUCUGGUGUGCCGCGCACACAUGGUGGUCGAGGACGGCUAUGAAUUCUUUAGUGACAGGGUUCUUGUCACCGUUUUCAGUGCACCGAAUUACUGCGGCGAGUUCGAUAAUUGGGGUGCCGUCAUGUCCGUGUCGUCUGAGCUGCUCUGCAGCUUCGAGCUUCUCAAACCGCUCGACUCCAACGCGUUGAAGAGCCAUAUCAAGAAGCAGAAGCACAACAGAAAACACAUGGUCAACAGUCCUCCUGCAAACUUCAACCCCCAGAGUGUAUAG